CUUUUGCUAGGAAGGAAGCCUAAGUGUUCCUCCGCCUAAACUAAGAUCCCGUGCAACCUUCUCUGCGGGUGCACCGAUUCUUAACGUACACCCACCUCCCCAGGUUUCCAAGAUCCCUUCUCCUUCUCCUUGUUCUUCUUCUUCUUCAUCCUAAAAGUCUGGGUCUUGUCUCAAUUCCCACGUAUUUGACUUGUAACGGCAACCGGGUACAUAACGGAUCGUGUUCAAUCUUGGUCAAAAUAAUCAUGGAGAUUUCGAGCCGGACCUUUGUUUUCUUCUUCUCUCUCUGUCUCUUGUCGUCAACCUCUUCCUCGAUCGAGAAUUUUCAUCAGGCUUUUCCUAUCGUUGAACCUGCUCCGGGUCAUACCAAGCUUCAGCUUAGCAGAGAAGGUUUGGAAGCAAUUAGCAGAAUUACAACUCCUAUUUCUGCUGUUGCGGUGAUUGGCCCAUAUCGAUCUGGAAAGUCAUUUCUACUCAAUCAGCUUCUUUCCCUUUCCUGUUAUGAAGGUUUUGGUGUUGGACAUAUGCGUGACACCAAAACAAAAGGUAUUUGGGUCUGGGGAACACCAUUAGAGCUGGAGAUUGAUGGAGUCAAAACUUCCGUAAUUUACCUGGACACUGAAGGAUUCGAAAGUGUUGGCAAGUCCAAUGUCUAUGAUGACCGGAUUUUUGCUCUGGCAACUGUUAUGAGUUCUGUGCUUAUCUAUAAUCUGCCUGAAACUAUCCGUGAAGCUGACAUUUCUCGGCUCUCCUUUGCUGUUGAGUUGGCCGAAGAAUUUUACGGAAGAGUAAAGGGUGAAGAUGUUGCUUUUGAACCAUCAAAGCUUCUGUGGCUUAUCCAGCGUGAUUUUCUGCAAGGGAAAUCGGUGAAGCAAAUGGUGGAUGAAGCUCUCAGACAUGUCCCUAAUGAAGAUGGUAACAAAAAUAUUGACCAGGUUAACCAGAUUCGGGAUUCCUUGGCGAUAAUGGGUGACAACAGCACAGCGUUUAGCUUACCACAGCCUCAUCUCAUGCGGACAAAGCUAUGUGAUCUGAAGGAUGAGGACCUGGACUCUACUUAUGUUGCAAGGCGUGAUCAAUUGAAGAAACUUGUUGCUAGUAUUAUCCGCCCAAAGAUAGUGCAGGGGAAAAUGCUAAAUGGGAAGGAAUUUAUUUCUUUCCUGGAACAGAUAUUGGAUGCGUUAAAUAAAGGAGAGAUCCCAUCAACAGGAUCACUAGUAGAGGUUUUCAAUAAAGAUAUUGUUGAGCGCUGUGUGAAGCUGUACAAUGAGAGGAUGGUAGGAUUGAGGCUACCUAUGUCUGAAGAAUCUCUCCAUAGUGCCCAUGAAACGGCACAUAAUGAAGCUAUUAAAGCAUUUGAUGCACAGCAUUUUGGUAGACAGCAUGCAAAGAAAUCUGUCGAUCAGUUGGAUGAACAAAUGCAGGAGGUAUAUAAGAAUUUUGUUCUUGCAAAUGAAUACCAAUCAUCGAAGCUCUGUGAGACCCUAUAUACAAGGUGUGAAGAUGACAUGGACCACUUACAGGCUCUGCGACUUCCUUCCAUGGCUAAAUUUAAUGCAGGUUUCGUGUACUGCAACCAAACUUUUGAGCAGCAAUGUGUUGGUCCUUCGAAACAAAACUAUGAGCAAAGAUUAACUAAGAUGAUGGGGAAGUCACGGUCUUUGUUCAUCAAAGAAUACAAUAACAGGCUGUUCAACUGGCUGGUUGGGUUCUCUCUUGUAAUGGUGGUUGUGGGCCGGUUUAUAAUAAAAUUCAUUUUAUUAGAAAUGGCAGCGUGGAUACUUUUCAUAUUCUUGGAGACAUACACAAGAAUGUUCUGGACAGCAGAAGCUCUUUAUUACAACCCUGUUUGGCAUUUCAUCGUUGGGACAUGGGAAAAUGUCGUGUAUAGUCCCGUUCUCGACUUGGACAGAUGGGCGAUUCCCAUAGUCUGCAUAAUUGCACUUUGUGUGCUUUAUUGGCGGUGUUAUGGAAAGAGGAAACACGGGGCUCGCUGGCUUCUUCCGCUGUACAACAACCAGAAGAAUGGCCGGAGUAGGGAACGGUCUGAGUAAAAAACAAACACAUUCCUCCUCCCACCCCCUUAAUACUUAUAGCAUCAUCUCGGGCAUGCUCGUUGUUUUUAUCAUCCGAAGCUCUCUGCCCGUUACUACCAAAUUUUUGGACGCAGAAGAAUGAAGAAGGAUGAUUUGAUCGAUCCAAGUUGGUUUGAUUGUACCAUUUGCAGAAAAAUUGCAUUUGUAAUGUUUAACUUUAUAUACAUACAUAUAUGAUCCGAAUCCGAAUCUGUUUUUAUACCCUCCCAA